AUGUCAGUUCUCUACUCAACAGCCCUCGAAUCAUUCCUCUCCUCCACCCAAACCCUCUCCUCCACCUCCCCCGAAUCCAUCCCCGACCUCGCAACAGGCAGCACCUACAAGUCCGAGAUAGAAGAGGCGAAAGAGAAGAUUGAUGGGAUAGUAAAUGGGUUGGAGGAAUGGUUGAAGAUGGAGGAUGCUAGUGCGAAGGUUACUGCUGAGAGCGAGCAAGAAAAGACGGAGCCAGCUUCGGAGGAUGCUUCCCCUUCUGAUGACCCUCCGCCCUCUGAACCUCCCCCGCCGUCAGAGGAGGCUCCUGAGAAGGAAGGUUCUGAUGACCCUCCGCCCAGUGGCACUGAAAGGGCCCCUGAAGCUACCCCCGAGCCGGAAAGUACCCCUCCAACCACCCAAAACCCAACUGAGGUUUCAGAAGUCCCCGCGACUGGCGAUGAUUCUCAAUCAGAAACAUCGUCAAUCUCAACAGAUGAUACAGAUCCGGGCGCGUCCACCGACAAUACAGCUUCAUCAUCUACGGAGGCUACAGUGUCGGAUACCCCUGCUGGAAAUGACUCGCAUCCAGAGGAUAGCUCAACAGCAGAUGCGUCGGCAGCAGUGGAAAAUUCGACGAAAGAAGAAGGGAAGAAGGAGGAAUAG